AUGUUUUUCGUUGCAUUGCGUUUGGUGAUCUGGACAUCUGCACUAAACCAAGCCACAGCAAAUUUCCAACAGUCGGGGCUUUAUCGGGCUCACGAACAGAAACUUUCUUUUGGAAACUUCAAACCAGUUAAGGGACACAAAUUGUUCGCAACGAAAAUUUCCUCUCCUUUAGUGGCGGACGUAUUUGAUUGCGUAUCAAGCUGUAUCAGCGACUCAAGAUGUAUUUCGAUCAAUUUUGCGGUAAGUCCAGACUCCAACAAACUUCAUGUCUGUGAAUUGUUAGACACUGACAAGUACCGGGCCACUGCAGGUGACCUUCAAGUGAAUGUUGGUUUUCUUCAUUACAGCCCUUCGGUAAGUGAUAAUUAAAAGAGCCUAAUUUCUUAGCUGUUUUUUCUAAGCUGAACGCAUAUCCUUAAGGCUGAACUAAAUAGUUUAUCUGUUGCAUGUACUUCUAGCCGUUUGGCCGAUUCAUGGUUACUGGGUGUCAUUUACAGUACUGUUAAGUCUAGCUCAUCACCUUUUGGAAAAUCAAAUAAUAAAAUAAAAUAAAUUUCUAACCCAGUUUUACUUAAACUUGCUAUUGCAGUCUUCAUGUCAACGAGAUCUCGUUGGAAUCCGCUGCGAAAGAAAAGGUGAGACGUGACGUAUUUUUGAACGCAAUAUGUUUAUAGCAGUUAGGUUGGACUGUAUUAGUACCGUUUUGCGCUGCGCUAAUACAGAAGCGGAGUAAUUUUUGGAAGGAUUGAGCAAACUAUUGCCAUAAAGUCGUUGCUUUUUUUGCUCCCGAAAAAUAGCCUGUGUUGGACUAAAGGUUGUCAUGACUACAUGUUAUGAAAGUUAAUAAAGGAGUCAGCGGGCAACCCUUAAAUACGCAAGAAAGGUGAGAGACCAAAUAACAAACCAUGAGAACAACAACUUUUGGAAUAGAGUUAAUCAGAUGCCAUAGCUGCGAAAAUUAAUAAUUCGCUCUCAGAGAAGUAUGAGUCAGAGCAACAACACCACUACAAUAUUUCAAGAAACCGUAAAAGAAAAUAAAAUUUUAGUAAAAGUAGAAAUAAAAACCUAUUUUUAGAAAAAAAAUGCUAAUUUUAAAAAAACAAAAGUCGCUUUCAAAAAUCGGUUGCCAUGGUAACGUCAAUGUUGACGUACGUGACACAACGACUUUAAAAUGUUCCCUUAAUUAUAAAUUUUAGGAAAAGUCGCCAAGAUUGGUGGUCACAGCUUGAAAGGUUUUGAAGUUACGGUAUAGCCCCGGUAACUCGAACUCUGCCGGGAAACAAAGAACAGGUCGAGUUAGCCAGAAUUCGAGCUAUCGGGGUAAAUAUCUGUGAAUGUUGAUCAAGGGAAAGGAAAUUUAGUUCGAGUUAAAAGUGAUCGAGCGAGAAAUUCGGGUUAUCCGAGUUCGAGUGAUCGAGGUUCGACUGUAUUUAACAUUUUUAUCUUCAAAAGUCCUACCGGUCUAGAUCUGAAUAGGGUUCAUUCAUUCGAUUUAAGAAUUUUUCGUCUCCAAAAUAUUACUUUCAACUGAUAAUUCGAGUUGAAAUAAAGGGAAAGUAUGGAUGUUAUUGUAGUACUACAAUAAUGUCGUUCCAGACUUGAGAGAGCUCAGAGGUUACAAUAGGUAAUCUCAUGAUUUUUCUUGUGCAAUUUGGAAUAAUUAAAUAAGUACCACUAAAUUUUCCAGACUAGCAAAAGAUCUUUAAAAAAAAUUGUCCUUACUAAGUCCUUACUUAUUCCAAAUUGCUCAGGAAAAUCAUGUGAUUACUUAUAAAAAAUAUACACGAAAAAACAACUACAGCAAAAACUUUAGACAGAGUCGAGCGCUAGCAGGCUUUUUUUAUCAUUCCACUGUUAAAACAAAUUCGCACAAAGGUUGACAAAUUAAAAAUUUUUGAUGAACAACACUUUCAAAAUCAUUGAACUAAAUAUUUUGAAAUUUGCAAGGUUUGAUUUUACGUUAUUAAAACCUUUUAACAAAAACGUGGCUUACAAUAAUCAGCAAAAGAAAACUGCGUUGACUCGAUUAUGAAAGCUCUCUGAUAGAACGGAGGAAAAGUAUAUAGCCAUUGCUGUUUAGUGUCUGCUUUUUUCUUGUUGUUUAAUUGAAAAAAAAAAACAAUUUUGAGUACAUUCACCUAUAGAUCACUCGAUUGGAUAACAAGUGCAGUGGGUCGCUCCCACGCACCAUCAGGUCAUGCGGGUAUAACCUCAGGUAGUGACAACCAAGGGCAAGUGUGAGUAAAAGAUUUGAGUAUAAGCAAAGUAAAGCGUAGGCAGAGAGCUGCGACAGAUAAGCCAAUCAGAGAGCCCGUAUAACGCGAGAAUUUUUUUCAUUGAUCGUUAUGUUUAUGCAACCUUUUUGUGUAUUGCUAUUCAGGAAAAACCUGUAGUGAAAUAAAACUGUACAGUCCACAAGCCACAAGCGGCUCUUAUGUUAUCGACCCCGAUGGAGAAGGAGGUUACGAACCAUUCACCGUCUAUUGUGACAUGACUGACAAGAACGGAGUUGGCGUGACAAUUGUCGGUCACGACAGUGAAACCAGGACCCUGGUCAAUGGAUAUGAAGCUGCAGGAAGCUACGUACGUCAUGUCCAUUACAUAGGAGCAGGCCUGACUAAUGUUCCACAAUUGGUUGGUCUCCUGGACAUGUCUGCACAUUGCGAGCAAUUUAUCAAGUAUGAAUGCUAUGAUUCUGCGCUCCUGUAUAUGGGUAACCCAAGUGGCUGGUGGGUAUCACGUGACUUAGAAAAAAUGACUUACUGGGGUGGAGCCUCCUCGUCUGACUCCUAUAAGUGCGCAUGCGGGGUGACGAAUUCGUGCGCAGACAGCAGCCGUGGUUGCAAUUGCGAUAAAAAUGAUGGAACAUGGCGUGAAGACAGCGGUCUUCUCACAGAAAAGUCUCACCUUCCGGUCAUUCAGUUGAAAUUUGGAGAUACAAGUGGAUCUUAUGAAUCAGGAUACCACACGCUUGGAAAACUAAAGUGUUUCGGAAUUGCAUAG